AGUCCGCGCCUGCGCAGUGGCGGCGGGCGCAGUCGGAAGCCUGGCGGACCGGACCGCGGGGGCACCGCUGGGACCACGGCCUGUCCGGCCCGCAGCGCGGCUCUGGCGCUCGCCCGCCGCCGGAGCCUGGGCCGCCCGGGUCGGGGAUGGCGGCGGCGGCCGAGUCCGGGGCCCGCGCCUGGUUUGGCGGCGGCUCGCCGGGCCCGGGCAGCCCGGCCUCCAGCCCCGAUCUGGGCAGGGGAGGCCGCGCGCGGCCGGAGCCGGAGCCGGGGGCCGGGCCGGGGUCGGGGCCCGAGCGGGCGAGCGCCAGGUCCCCGGGACCUGCGGCGCUGGGCCACACUUUCCGGAAGGUGAUGCUCACCAAGCCCACCUUCUGCCACCUCUGCUCCGACUUCAUCUGGGGGCUGGCCGGCUUCCAGUGCGACGUCUGCAACUUCAUGUCCCAUGAGAAGUGCCUGAGGCAGGUGAAGACCCCGUGCACCAGCCUGGCGCCCAGCCUGGUCCGAGUCCCCGUGGCCCACUGCUUUGGACCCCGCGGGCUCUACAAGCGCAAGUUCUGCGCCGUGUGCCGCCGGAGCCUGGAGGCACCCGCGCUCCGCUGCGAAGUGUGUGAGCUGCACGUUCACCCCGACUGUGUGCCCUUCGCCUGCAGCGACUGCCGCCAGUGCCACCAGGACGGGCACCGGGACCACGACACGCAUCACCACCACUGGCGGGAGGGGAACCUGCCCUCGGGUGCGCGCUGCGAGGUGUGUCGGAAGGCGUGCGGCUCCUCGGAGGUGCUGGCCGGCCUGCGCUGCGAGUGGUGCGGCGUCCAGGCGCACACAGUCUGCUCCCUGGCGCUCGCCCCCGAGUGCACGUUCGGGCGCCUGCGGACCCUGAUGCUGCCGCCCGCGUGCGUGCGCCUGUUGUCCCGCAACUUCAGCAAGACGCACUGCUUCCGCAUCUCCGAGCGCGCCUGCCCCGAGCCAGACGACGGCGACGACGGCGAGGAUGGAGGCGGCCCCGCGGGCGCGGGCAGGGAGGUGCCGACGCCAGAGUCCAACAAGCAGACCCUGAAGAUCUUCGACGGCAACGAUGCGGUGCAUCGGAAUCGCUUCCGAGUGGUCAGCGUGCCCCGCCUGGCCAGGAGCGAGGAGGUGCUGGAGGCCGCCCUGCGGGCCUACUACAUCACAGAGGACCCACGGGGCUUCGAGCUGCAGGCGCUCCCCUGGCCGCUGCAGGCCGGCGACGGCAGGACUUCGGAGGAGGAGGGCGGCAGGGGCCCCAGGUCCCGCGAGGUCAGCCCUGAGGCCUGGAUCAUCCGCACCCUCCCUCGAACCCAGGAUGUCCUGAAGAUCUACCCUGCCUGGCUCAAGGUGGGCGUGGCCUACGUGUCCAUUCGCGUGACCCCAGAGAGCACUGCGCGGACCGUGGUGCUGGAGGUCCUCCCUCUGCUCGGGUGCCAGGCCGAGGGUCCUGAGAGCUUCCAGCUGGAGGAGGUGUUCAUGGGCAGCAGGCAAGUGCAGCGGACGGUGCUGGCGGAUGAAGAGUCUUUGCUCAACCGGCUUCGAGACAUCCGGCAGACGUCCCUGCGGCAAAUGAGUCAAACUCGCUUCUACGUGGCGGAGAGCAAGGCUGUGGCUCCCCGAGUCUCCCUGUUCGUUGGUGGCCUGCCUCCCGGCCUGUCCCCCCAGGAGUAUGGAAGCCUGCUGGACGAGGCUGUGGCCACCAAAGCUGGGCUGGUGACCCUGAGCCACGUGUACUCCGCCCAAGGUGCCGUGGUGCUGGAUGUGGCCUGCUUCGCAGAGGCCGAGCGGCUGUACAUGCUGGUCAGGGACACAGCUGUGCACGGCCGGCUGCUGACCGCCCUGGUGCUCCCCGACGUGCUGCACACGAAGCUGCCCCCAGACUGCUGCCCCCUCCUCGUGUUUGUGAACCCCAAGAGCGGAGGCCUCAAGGGCCGGGACCUGCUCUGCAGUUUCCGGAAGCUGCUGAACCCUCACCAGGUCUUCGAGCUGACCAACGGGGGGCCUCUGCCUGCGCUCCAUGUGUUCGCCCAGAUGCCCCGCUUCCGGGUGCUGGUGUGUGGAGGGGACGGCACCGUGGGCUGGGUGCUGGCGGCCCUGGAGGAGAUGCGGCAGCAGCUGGCCUGCCCGGAGCCUGCUGUGGCCAUCCUGCCCCUGGGCACAGGGAAUGACCUGGGCCGCGUCCUCCGCUGGGGGUCGGGCUACAGCGGGGAGGACCCGCUCUCGGUGCUGGUGUCGGUGGAUGAGGCCGACGCCGUGCUGGUGGACCGCUGGACCAUCCUCCUGGACGCGCACGAGGCCGGCGGUGCCGAGAACGGUGUGGCAGACCUGGAGCCCCCCAAGAUCGUGCAGAUGAGCAACUACUGUGGGAUCGGCAUCGACGCGGAGCUCAGCCUGGACUUCCACCAGGCGCGGGAGGAGGAGCCCAGCAAGUUCACCAGCAGGUUCCACAACAAAGGCGUGUACGUGCGCGUGGGGCUGCAGAAGAUGAGCCACGCCCGCAGCCUGCACAAGGAGAUCCGGCUGCAGGUGGAGCAGCAGGAGGUGGAGCUGCCCAGCAUCGAGGGCCUCAUCUUCAUCAACAUCCCCAGCUGGGGCUCAGGGGCUGACCUGUGGGGUUCUGACAGCGACUCGAGGUUUGAGAAGCCUCGGAUGGACGACGGGCUGUUGGAGGUGGUGGGGGUGACCGGAGUCAUGCACAUGGGCCAGGUCCAAGGCGGGCUGCGCUCCGGCAUCCGCAUCGCCCAAGGGGCGUACUUCCGGGUCACCCUCCUCAAGGCCACACCCGUGCAGGUGGACGGGGAGCCCUGGGUCCAGGCUCCCGGCCACAUGAUCAUCUCAGCCGUGGGCCCGAAGGUCCACAUGCUCAGGAAGGCCAAGCAGAAGCCCAGGAAGGCUGGGACCCUCAAGGAUGCCCGAGCAGACGAGGUGCCUACCCCCGAGGGGGGCCUCAAGUAGGAGGCCGAGCAGCCUGUGCCUGUUCAGUGGCAGGCCGUGGAUGGACGUCUGCAGCCCUGACCUCGGGGCUCCUCCCCACACCCCUGCCUCCCAACCAGUGACGGGUGGGCAGGGGCUGCUCUGUCCCCUGGGUGGUCCAGAUGCUCCUGGAGUCGCCGGCUCCGAGGGUCCCGGUGUGCCCAGCAGAGAUGGGGGUACCUGCCCGCCACCAGCCCCAGGCCUGACCUCGUCACCCGAGCCUGGCUGUGGCCGGGAGUGGCGACGGGACUGCACAGGAAGGCCUGCCCGAUGGGCUCAGCCACCUUCCUGAGGACGGCGUGCAGGGCCUGGAGGCAGUGGGAAGGCGGGCGGCAGCGCCUGAUGGGACCAGAGCUGAGCAGACCUGUGUCCCAGGCCCAGAGAACGUGGACGCGGGAAAUGUGGGGGAACCAGCUUUAAUCACCAGGGACCACUCGCACUUUGUGUUGUUCGCCAACAAUGAACGUGGCCCUCCCGGCGCGGACGGGCCCUGCAGCCCCUGCCCCUCACGUCCAGGCCCAGCAGGGGCGUGGCUGCCGGGCCAUGGGUCACCCGGAGGAACCUGACCAAACACCCUGCCUGGGAAGCCCUGAGGCCCCAGAGGGGGACCACAGACCAUGCCCUUCCCCCCGUCCGGCCCUGUGCCGGUCCCUUUGCUGCUAUUUGCCGAGGUUUGGCCUCAACCUCAGAUGUGCCCCCCCCAGCUUCUGCCAAAGCUGCACUGACAUGCACUGAGCAGCCUUCGUCCCGUGUGCCGCGUCCCCUGCCCUGUCCUGUGCCUCAGUCUCUCCCUGCGGCUCCGCUGUGACUCUAAAUCGUGGGCGAUGGCUGUCCUGUUGUCUCCGUGCGUCUGUGCCCAGAUGUGUCUGUGGCUUUGCACCAGUGCCUCCUGUGCCACAUCUGACCUGCAGCCCUGACGUAGGUUGGCAAUACAGUCUGGGCACGGCC